CACACACACACAACAUCCGCAAGCUUUUUCAUUCCUCUAAAAUUUCGAGAACUCUGUUGGACGUAGGACAGUUUGAUAUUCAUCCAUAUUAGAUAUAGUUACAGAAAAGAGUGUUUGGGGAAAAUGGAUGACUAUCUGAAGAUAGAGAAAAUUGGUGAAGGUACGUAUGGUGUAGUAUAUAAGGGCAGGAAUAAAACCACAGGACAGGUGGUGGCGAUGAAGAAGAUCCGUCUGGAGAGUGAGGAGGAAGGCGUUCCCAGCACUGCUGUCAGAGAAAUCUCCCUCCUCAAGGAGCUCCAGCACCCAAACGUUGUACGCCUGCUAGAUGUGCUGAUGCAGGAAUCCAAAUUAUAUCUAGUUUUUGAGUUUCUGUCCAUGGAUCUGAAGAAAUAUUUGGACUCCAUCCCAUCAGGCGAAUUCAUGGAUCCUAUGUUGGUCAAGAGUUACCUUUAUCAGAUCCUGGAGGGGAUUCUGUUCUGCCACUGUCGCAGGGUUCUGCAUCGAGACCUGAAGCCCCAGAACCUGCUUAUCGACAAUAAAGGUGUAAUUAAACUGGCAGAUUUCGGCUUAGCCCGUGCCUUUGGGGUCCCAGUAAGAGUCUAUACUCAUGAGGUGGUCACUCUGUGGUACAGAGCUCCAGAAGUGCUGCUGGGGGCUUCACGCUAUUCCACACCUGUAGAUCUCUGGAGUAUUGGCACCAUCUUUGCUGAACUCGCCACCAAGAAACCUCUCUUCCAUGGAGACUCCGAAAUAGACCAACUCUUUAGGAUCUUCAGGACUCUGGGGACCCCUAACAAUGAGGUCUGGCCAGAUGUUGAGUCUCUGCCAGACUAUAAGAAUACCUUCCCAAAGUGGAAAUCUGGGAAUCUGGCCAACACUGUGAAAAACCUGGACAAGAACGGCAUCGACCUUCUCAUGAAAAUGCUGAUUUAUGACCCCCCUAAGAGGAUUUCGGCACGACAAGCAAUGACACAUCCGUAUUUUGACGAUUUGGAUAAGAGCAGUCUUCCAGCCAGCAACCUCAAGAUAUAAACACAUACACAUGCAUACUAAAGCAAGCAAUGUGAGCGUAGGGCUCACGGUGAAUUCUGGGAGUUCAGAGAGCCCGGAGAUGUAGAUUUACUCCUCCAACCUGCAGUAAUGCAAUCCGAGUCUUUUGACACGCAAUAAUCAACCUUCAGUUUGUUUGUUUGUCAACUGGGUGGUUUUUCCUAAUUUUGUUUGUUUUUUUGUAUGUCUUUUUCUAUCCUGUUAUAUGUUACAUAAUACCCCUUGUAAAUAAAACGUGUAUUUUUUGUCGACCUGAAGUGGUAUAUAAAAAGAAUAAAUUAAGGUGUUCCCAAUUAAGAGCACUUUGUAGGAUCCCA